AUGAUGGGGUAUGUACACUUGGUGUUCCUAUCUACCUUCCUCUCAGUUUCCAUGACAUCUGAAACAUUUGAUGCAAUGGAAGGUGAGGCUUUAGUUAUAAAAUGUCCUCGAUGGAGUUCAUCUGUGAAAUUCACCUGGUAUCACAGGGAUACCAACAAAAUAAUUCCUGAAGAAGGAGAGGGAUCACAAGUAUUUUCCAUAAAUCGCUUUCUUUGGUUUCUGCCAACUUCUAGAGAGGAUACUGGAAACUACACUUGUGUCGUACAUUUUUCAAAUAAUCGCACAAAGCCGUUCAAUGUGAGAGUGCAGGUGCAUCCCUACAAGCAAGGAGUGUGCUUCCCAAGUCAGAUUCGUUACCCAAAUGACACUGGAAGAGGAAAAAUUGUUUGUCCUACAAUUGACAAUUAUAAGGAUGCUACUAUCAUCCAGUGGUAUAAGGACUGCAAACCUCUUCAGGGACAGAGAUACUUCAAGGGAGACAAAUAUAUUUUUAUUAACAACCCAAGAAAGGAGGAUGAUGGUUAUUACACUUGUCGAUUUGUCUACACUCAUGAAGGAAACACGUUUAAUGUAUCAGCAACAAGGAUUUUCAUAAGUAAGGCAAAGCACUCCCCUCUACCUCCUCAAAUUUUAUUUCCAAAAGAUAAAGAUGUAAUAGAAGUGGAGCUUGGUGCUGCUUUAUCUCUGAAAUGUCAGGCUCGCCUAGGGAUUAAGAAGCAGCCAAUAGCAGUUGUCACAUGGGAUGUGGAUAACAUCCCAGUGAAAUACUUAGACUUUUCAAGAUUUCAUGAAAAAACUCAUUUUUUUGAAGGACGUGAACAAGAAUAUUACAGAGAGACCACUUUGCAUAUUACUGAAAUAAGAAAUGAAGAUCUGAAGGCAAAUUUCACAUGUGUAGCCGUGAAUGAAAUGCACAACACAAAGGUCAUGGUGAUGUUAAAACUCAAACCGCAAG